GGCCGAGGGGGGCGCCGCGGCGCCGGGCGGCAGGUUGGUUUGUCCCUCCAGGAAAGCUGCAGGCUGGGGACUAGGACUUUGGACCAUGUCGUCAGCGGGCCACUCUCCUUGUGUGUCCUUUCGGCAGAGUGUGAAUUGAUUUUGGCCCAGUGGUGCUGCCAGCUCCACAGGGUGAUGCAACCUGGUCUGUGGGAGCAAGCUUCUGUGGCUGACUUCUGGCAAUUACAAUUUACUGGUUUUGGUGGAGAAAGACCCGAGUAACAUUGAUGAGAAGAGCUACAGACUUCUGUACCCAUGAUCUUGAAUAUCAUAAAGAUCCCAAUUACCUGCAGUAAUAUUGCUCUAUACUAUAAAGCUUUAAUAUUCUGUCUCUGGUCUUAUUCCCAGGUCAAGAAUGAAUUCCAAGAAAUUUUUAAAACUCUUUCAUCAAUCUAAUCUUUAGUUGACUUAGCCUUGGAAAAAUUCAUUGGAUCUUCAAUAGAUGAAACAGUAACUGACACUUUUAAGACCUCUGACCAUCAAAAAGUAUUAGGGAUGAAAAUCUAAGAUACAUUCCUACCACUUUAAGAAGUUUUGGUGUGAGCAAACAGUCUAACAGAUCAGCUUUUUUCUUUGAUCAUCAAGGUGCUAACCCAGCUGAGGAAAAUACCUUUAUAGCAGUGUUUUUACAUGUGUCUCACCUAUUAAUGGGACAGGAAAUAAAAUCUGUGAGUCACAAUGAACGUUCUUUUAAAAGAGUAAACUAUAAAACAUCAGAGUAUUUUAUGCCAGUCUUUUGCCAGAAUCUUGCAUAUUGCAAGGAAUGCUAAGGUCAAUUUUAUUACGUGAGAAAUAUAAUUGAUGGAGGGAAUUUCGAAUAUGUAUUGAUUACAAAACGUUCAGUGAUUUGAUCACUGGAGUCUGGUUUUUAUUAUAACAAGGAUGAGGUGCAGUCUAGUUUUAUUUCACAUUUGCAACUAAAUGUGAAGUCUGAGGUAUUCAACUGUGAUUUGGUUACAAACUGCAUUUUUUAAAAAAAGAUGUUAUCUAGGUUAUAUGUACUUUUGAGUCAAUGGCAAUUAUAAAACCUUACUUCAUUGCAUUCUAAUAAGCUGGUACAGAUUACCUUUAAAAUGGAUCCUUUCUUUAAUAAAAAAAAGAGGAAUAAUGAAGUGAAAUAUGCAGAAGCAUGUUCAUGUGCAACCGUUGGAUCUGGAAGUGUGCCUGAUGAAAAUAGUGAGAAAAAUAUUGGCUCUAAUAUGCAAAUGUCGACUUCAUUUGAGCCACAUUUCAAGAAGAAAAAGGAAAACAUAAGACGUUAUAAUGAAGAUUAUUUAAAAUAUGGUUUUAUCAAAUGUGAGAAACCCUUUGAAAAUGACAGACCUCAGUGUCUUAUUUGUAAUAAUGUUCUUGCAAAUGAAAGCUUAAAACCUUCAAAAUUGAAAAGGCACUUAGAAACCCAGCAUGCUGAACUUAUUGAUAAGCCUCUUGAAUAUUUUCAAAGAAAGAAGAAAGACAUAAAGUUAGUAACACAGUUUGUUAGCUGUUCGCCUGCUGUUAGUGAGAAUGCCUUAUUAUCAUCAUAUUUAGUGGCGUACCGUGUGGCAAAAGAGAAAAUAGCUCACACCACUACUGAAAAGAUCAUUCUUCCAGCAUGUUUGGAUAUGGUACGCACAAUCUUUGAUGAUAAAUCGGCUGAUAAAUUAAAAACCAUACCUAGUGAUAGCACAGUAUCUCUCCGAAUUUGUACUAUUGCUGAACAUUUGGAAACAAUGCUUAUCACUCGGUUGCAGUCUGGUAUAGACUUUGCCAUCCAGCUUGAUGAAAGCACUGAUGUUGGAAGCUGCUUAACACUUUUAGUUUAUGUCAGAUACGCAUGGCAAGAUGAUUUUAUGGAGGAUUUUUUGUGUUGUUUAAAUUUGACCUCACACCUAAGUGGAUUGGACAUUUUUGUGGAAUUAGAAAAAUACGUUGUGGGCCAGUAUAAGCUAAGCUGGAAAAACUGCAGAGGAAUAACAAGUGAUGGCACGGCAAGCAUAACUGGAAAACAGAGCCGAGUAAUUAAGAAGUUGCUCGAAGUCACUAACAGUGGUGCUAUGUGGAAUCAUUGCUUUAUACAUCGUGAAGCUUUAGUGUCCAGAGAGAUUCCACCAAAGCUCAUGGAAGUAUUGAAAAAUGCAGUGAAAGUUGUUAAUUUUAUUAAAGGAAGCUCACUGAAUAGCCAACUACUUGAAACAUUCUGCUCGGAGAUUGGAACGAGUCAUACCCACUUACUGUAUCAUACCAAAGAUCGGUGGUUAUCUCAUGGCAAAAUACUAAGCAGGGUUUAUGAACUCAGAAAAGAGAUACACAUUUUUCUCAUUGAAAAAAAAUCUCAUUUGGCAAGUAUUUUUGAAGAUGACAUUUGUGUCACGAAAUUGGCAUACUUAACUGAUAUUUUUGGCAUUCUUAAUGAACUGAGUUUAAAGCUACAGGGGAAAAAUAAUGAUAUAUUUCAACACAUAGAACGUAUCCAAGGAUUCCGGAAGACAUUAUUGCUCUGGCAAGCGAGGCUUAAAAGCGGCCGUCCUAGUUACUACAUGUUUCCAAGGUUUCUGCAACACAUUGAAGAGAAUAUUAUUAAUGAAAAUAUUUUGAAUGAAAUAAAAUUAGAGAUACUGUUGCAUCUCACUUCUCUGUCUCAAACGUUUAAUCAUUUCUUUCCAGAGGAGAAAAUUGAAACAUUAAGGGAAAACUGUUGGGUAAAAGAUCCCUUUGCUUUUCGAAACCCAGAAUCAGUAAUUGAGUUAAACUUGGUGCCUGAAGAAGAGAAUGAAUUAUUGCAGCUUAGUUCUUCAUAUACAUUGAAGAAUGAUUAUGAAACAUUAAAUUUAUCUGCAUUUUGGAUUAAGAUAAAGGAAGAUUUUCCUUUGCUAAGUCAAAAGAGUGUCCUCUUGUUAUUACCAUUCACAACAACUAGUUUGUGUGAGCUAGGGUUUUCAGUUUUAACCCAGUUAAAAACAAAGGAAAGAAAUGGAUUAAAUGGUGCAGCAGAUAUGCGGGUAGCAUUGUCUUCCUGUGCUCCUGACUGGAACGAACUUGUGAACAGACAAGAACAUCAUUCCUUUAAAUCAGUCUGACUUGGUGUUUGAUUUUAUUAUAACUUAUUUUGUGAUAAUUUUCUGUUCUAUUUAAGUUGUUCAUAUCACAUUUUGUAUGAAUGUUUUGCUUUGUGUUGUAUUUAAACACAGAUAAUGUAAUUUGUUUAUUGAAUAAAAAUUUAAUGAACUAUCA